UGCCUCAUCAUAUUAUUGCAUCGUCUUUGCAUCUGUUGUGAAAUGACGGCCUAGUCCACUUUUGUCAUAUACCAUGCUGGCCCAUUGACAGACGGCCCCUUGUAUUCUUUGGCCAUAUUGUAUACAUUCGCGGACAAGAUCAAACACCAAACAUGUCGUCGCAGAUUGCGCCAUGGCUCGAGGACCUAGACGAAGAUUGGGUCGAGCCGCCGUCGCUGUCAAAGCCCACCACAGACCACCAAUCUGCCACUUGGGUUCCCAAGAACCAAACUUCGUCGUCGUCUAGUCGCAUCCCGCGAAGGAGUAGCGGUCAAUUCUCCGUCACAUCCAGCUCGCUCAAACAACAACGGAACCCGCUCAAGGACCUUCCCGACUCUCAGUCCAAUGUCCAACGCCAACCAUCAGACUCGUCGAUAGUCCACCACGACUCGGUCAAGCGCUCUCCCGCCAAACACCAGACUCUCGAGUGGAAGAAGCGUCUUGUCCGCGGUGAGGUCGGCUACGGCGACCAGACCGACCUCUUUGGCCCAUCCGGUCUCGAGAACAUCUUCUCCCCAGCUCGUCCGACUUCGUCCAACAACCGCCCGACCUCGUCCAACAGCCCCUCGAGGCUCCUGCAGAACACUCUGAUGCCUCCUUCCAGUCCCCCACCAUGGCCCUCGCAAAUUGAUCCCUCUCAACUAGACUCUCCCGACGCACAGGGCACAUGCCAACGAGAAGCCAACAACACAAACUACGAUGAAGCACAAGACGACAGCCUCAUGCGCUCCAUCAACUCUCCCAGUCAACUACACCUUGGCCGCUCGGCUUCGAAACAUCAAGGCAAUCGCACUAUCAGCGCUAAUACCGAUCUGUCAGGCGAGGGCUUCAGUCCCGUCUUCUUGUCAAAACACACAAGCUCCACUGGCGCCGUCAGCUACGCUCCGCUCGACUCGCGCUCUGCGCCCGUCAGUGCAGAUGCCUCCAUCAACGCUUUGGACUCGGAACUCCCAUCUACGCCUGGCUUCCGCAGAGAGACUAGCGAUGCUGCAGACAACAUGCCCAGUGUUCCAGAGGUCUCUCUUCCAGACGAUCUGCCGACCGGCACCCCUCCAAUCCAAAGCUUCAUGACUAUGAACAGGCCCGAUCCUUCCAGUCCCACAAAGAUCGAGCCGUCCUCCAUUUACGACCAGCCUUCAAUUUCGCCAGCUCCGUCUAGCCCGGUCAGAGCACCUGCAACCCCAAGACUAGGAGAUGUAGAAGAGUCCUCCCUUCUAAGCCCACCAAAGAGCAGGCCCUCGCAGAGUCCGUUGAAGCUGUUUGGCAAUUACGACACCUUCACCAACAACAAGUUGUUCAGGAGAAUGAGCCAGUUGGAAGGCCUGGAUCCUGAUCAUCCUUUGGUGUCUCCGGCGCACCCAUGUGACGAUCCGUUCGACGAGACUCGCUCGAGUGGUGGUAGAGUCCCUAGCUCGGCUACGACCAACACAAAUAGACGUCGGGCGUCACAACGUGUCGUUUCGAACUUGAGUGGCUUUGGCCAAGGAGAUCUGGAUGAGCAUAACUUCGAUGCAGACAUCUCUAUUCCCUCUGGCCUGGACCUCGAUGCGACAUCCGACUUCCUCGAUGGCUCACCCCUUCCUGAAGCUGUUCCACCGGGCAGCACGCAUCCCUUCCGCUUCCACGUCGAGACUGCUCCACCGAUUGAAUCGUCACCCGAAGUUAGACCCUUUAAGCUGAAGAGAAAACUCUCAAAGAGAAGCAACACAGUCAGGUCGAGACACUCAGACGAUGAGCAAGCGCUAGAGCAAUUCCCUGUGAUUGAUCCCUACAACAAUGAGUUCGACAUCAGGGAAGGGAAGCGCCCUCAGAGCUCCCCUGCGAAGGCCCCAACUGCCAAACGCCGUCGUACCCUGAUAACCAUGGACGGCAAACUCCCGGAGCUCGGCGAAGGCUCUGAGAUUCACAUCAAGGUCGAUGCGCCUCUCUCAGAUGACGCACGAGCUCCUACGGUCGCGGCAUCUGGCUCUGUCAGUGUAGCAAGCAGAAGAGACGUCACCAGGCCUAGAAAUCCCACACCCAGCCAGAGACGUCGCGAGCAGAUUCAAGCUGAGAUCAGUGAAGCGACUUUCGAAUAUCUCUCAAACUCGCCACGCCUCGAAGCUAUCAAAGAAACUAUCGAAGAGCUCUCAGAACUAGGUGCAGAGUCUGUCGAUGCCGAGAAAGCAAAGGCAGUUGCAGCUGAUAUUGCAGCAUUCACCUUCGAGCAUUCGAGGGAUGAGCCCGAAAGCAUACGCAAGCGCUCGUUCACCACUCAAGAUUUCCUCGACGAGGCCAUGCAUAUCAUGUCGAUAAUCCGAGCUAAGGGACGACCACAUAGUGGCUUAGACGACGUGGAAGAGUCCAACGCAGAGAUGAACUUCAGCUCUCACCUACAUCCUGAUGAUCUUGCGCGUCAAGUUGGGUCCUUACGCAUCUCCAGACCAGCCUCUCGUGAGGGUGGCGAGUGCAACUGGAGGCCGAGAAGUCAAGUCAAGCACGACCCGAUGGUUGCUAGUCGAUUGGAGCAGUUCCGCGAACAGAACCAAUCCAAUCUUGUAGAGUCUUCUCUCAGAUCACUGAAUUUUGACGAUUCUUCCGCAAUCUCCUUUGGCUGCGAAAAUGUAUCAGCUCGGGAUCUUGACGGUUCGUCAAUAGCUGGGCCCGGUUGGGCAGGUAUGCACACGCGAGCAUACUCGAACGCUUCACAGCAAGGAGCGCAAGUCAGCCCGACCAAGUCACAGCAUGGUUCGCAUCCAUCACUAGACUCCUCGAGUGGGGCCCGUACUAUGGGUUCUACCUCUUCAAGAGACUGUGUAGCAAAUCUAUCUCCCGAAAAGGUCGCUCACCUUAUCCCUGAACAGAUCGCUGGAAUGACCUAUGAUAAGGAGAAGCAAAUCUGGGUCAAGGCAAAACAUCUCAAGCCUCCAACCUUCGAUUACUAUCACCAACCCAGUAAUGUCAGCAGCGAGGAUGAUCCAUUCGCAUACAUCCCUGACUUGACUGUCGAUGAGAUCAAGGAGAUUCAACGAAUUCAAGCACGUCGUCACGAUCUCGCGCAGAAUGAACAGUCCGAGUGUGAUAUGUCCGAACGGUACACCGAGCUUCCACAGCAGGUACCGGAUCGUCCGCCCCCACAGAGACAAGAAGCAACCGGCUCGAGGCCCACGACUCGCGAUAGUAAUGCACCCCACCCUUUCACGUCGAGCACGGCACCAUCGAAGUACUCUGGCUUUGCCUCGAGUCAGCAGCAGCAGUUCGAUACUCGCGCCACAUCUUGGAGCAAUGAAGAGCUUGCUAGCAUCGCUCGGGCUAAACAGGCUCAGGCGCAGACAGGCGAUGGUAUCCGCGACCUCGCCACAGUCAACAUCCCUCAAAACAUCUCAGAAGAGACCGAGAUCGUUCUUGAUGAUUCUGUGACGGCUCAAGAUGACUCGCAGGUUUCACUCAUGUCCCAAGACGAUUCUCUCUUGGACGAUCUUCUUAGUGAGGAUGAUGAAAUUCUGGAUGAAGAAUCGGAGACGGAAGAACUGCCAGCACCUAAGCAGCGCGGCAGUGGAAUUCCGCUGCCAUCAUGGCCCUUACGUUCGCCUCAACCAGCGCGCCGCGGCGGCCUUAGAAACUCUUCACUCAGAAGGCAGACGUUCCGGCGAGGUUUUACCUCUGGACAAGACCAGAGAGAAGUGUCAUUCGUGGCUACCUUCCCUGACAAGCGAACAAUGAGCGUUUCUGUGGUUGCUCAGCCUGCACCCAUAAUGUCGGCACCAAACCAGGAAUAUGGGUUGUCAUCACCUGCCCGAAUGGAUGGCACCUUCUACCUCAGCGACUUGCCCGACUUUACCGUCAACGAUGUCGAUGAGGAGCGACCAUCUGAAAAGGCAUUGGCCAGACGAGUGGCUCGCACAAACAGUGGAGACAGAUAUGCAAUGGCUGUUCAGAGUCUCGUGAAGACACUUACUGACGUUGAGCCGGAUGAGCCAUACUGGGAAGACAUCAAGCAGCUCAACCUUGGUGACAGAGGUCUCGAUUCUGUGCAUAACCUGGAAGACUUCUGCACACGUCUCGAAGACCUCGACCUCUCGAAUAACAAUGUUGCUCAUCUGGAAGGCGCGCCCGCGUCUGUUCGCAAGCUCAAUCUUCGCUCCAACGCUUUGAGCAGUCUGACAGCUUGGAGUCAUAUGAUGAAUUUGCAGUAUCUGGACGUUUCCAACAAUCAAAUCGACAACUUGGGUGGACUGUGCAUGCUUGUCCAUCUCCGAGAGUUGCGCGCUGACGACAACCAAAUCUCCACUCUGGAUGGUGUUAUGAACAUGGAUGGUCUGCUCAAAUUCUCUGUCCGUCGCAAUCAGCUCUCGCGUGUCGACUUUGAAGGUUGCCAGUUGGCCCGUCUCGAGGAAUUGGAUCUGAGUAGCAACAAGCUGUCCAGCAUCUCUGGCAUCCAUGCACUGCCGUCAUUGGAGCGACUGAUACUAGACGACAACCAACUCGUAACAUUCCCGACAACCAGGGAACAAUCGAUGGGCUCGAGACUUCAUUGUCUGUCGUUGCAGAAGAACAAGAUGACCGCUCUGAGUGUAGAGGACUACACUAGCUUGCGCUACCUGAACGUUGACGAGAACCGCCUGUCAACCAUCCAGGGCAUCGAAACAUUGCAUAAUGUGGACAUGCUGUCUAUGCGCAAGCAAGACUUUAGCCACUCAGAUGUUCAGCAUUUGACCAUCUUCAACCAGCGAUUAUCCGCACGCUCCUUGUUCCUCUCCUCGAACAUCAUCCCCACCCUCGACUUGCCCAACUCUUACCAUAGCGUGCGAAAUCUGGAGAUGGCAUCUUGCGGCCUACAAGAUCUGCCAGACGACUUUGGUCUCAAGUUCCCGAACCUGAGAACCUUGAACAUGUCUUUCAACGCGAUUACAGAUAUUCGCCCACUCCUCAACAUCACACGCUUGGAGAAGUUGCAUGUGUCAGGAAAUCGCAUCGCCCGUCUCCGUAAGACUGUCGCUGUGCUGGCACGUAUGCCACAUUUGCGCAAAACGGAUCUCAGAGACAAUCCUAUCACACAGGGCUUCUAUGCUCCUAUCUCUGUGUCCAAGAAUGCCGUCAGCACCGUCUCCAACGACGAGGAACCAUUGUCGGAGGCAGAAUUGCAGUUGCAGAUUGCCAUGUCACAUCGUUUGCCAAAUGCGAAUUACGCCACUGAUACCGAGCACCUGGCUCGUUUGGACGAGGAUACCAAGCUUCGACGACGUGUCUAUGAAAUUCUUCUCAGCAAUGGUUGCAAGAGCCUUUCUACACUCGAUGGUUUGGCUUUCGCAAAAGACCGAGCGCUGAUCAGAGAUGGCGUUUGGGAAAGACUACUCAAACUGGGCGUUGUGAGAAAAUCCGGCGAUAAGGGAGAAGCAACAGAGGUGUCGAUGAGCUAGGAGCUUGUUGAAAAGCCGGAAGAAGACAGCAUAUGAUGGUCCCACUUGACGACUUGUACGAAAACUAUUGCAUUGGGGGAUGAACAGAGUGUAGGAGUCUUAGACCUGGUUGUUGGUUGUUUAAUUGGCGUUCUGGUUUGGUUUCAUAUUAUCUAUAUCACUUUAUUAGGUGUGUUUUUCAAUCCGACAGUCACGAGAUGACGAGUUUCCAG